UCUCUCUGUCAGCGUCUCUUCUCGAUCCUUCUCUCUGUUCAUCGAUCUCUGUCAUAGCUCUGCAAGCAACAUGAACGACAACAACAACAACAGAGUUUCCUUUCCACCUGGGUCCGACUCAGUUUCAAGCAACACCACCUUCGUGCAGGCCGACCCAUCAACAUUCCGAGCUGUGGUUCAGAGGCUUACCGGUGCCACCGAUGACCCAUCACUGGAAAAGCUCCCCGUCACAGCCCCUGCUCGACAAACUGGUAAUAAAGGCUUGUUUGGAGAGUUGGGUUCUAGAAAACCGGUGUUUAAGCUUCAAGAAAGAAGACAGAGCCUGAGGAAGCUUGAGAUUAAGCUUGAAGCUGCUAGUUUUGGUGGUGGUUCAGGGUCUUAUUCACCAUCAACCAUCGUUUCUGCUGCUGCGAGAAAGAGGAGCUUCAUGGGUGAGAUGUCGUUGGUUUCCCCUGUUUCGCCUCUCGAUUUAUUAUUGUCUCGAGGAAGCCCAAGAACCCCAACUCCGAGGUUAACACCAGAGGAGGAGGAGGAAAAGAGAGCGAUGGUAGAGAAAGGUUUUUAUAUGCACCCAUCACCAUCUCUCAGUACCCCAAGCAGCUCUGAACCAGAAUUGCUUCCGCUGUUUCCUCUGCAUUCUCCUAGAGACUCUGCUUCUUCUUCUUCUUCUCCUUCUCCUUCUUAGAUUGCUAUCUGAAUUCUGAUUUUCUUUUCGUAGAAUCGUUCUGUUCUUCUAAAUUUUAAUUAUUCAAGUAAGAUUAUGAUCUUUGUCUUUUGUUUGUGCUAU